UUAAACGGAUGCAUAAUUUCACUUUUGCUCUUGUGCUGUCCCUCGCUCGCAACAAUAAAAUCCAGGGGUGAUAUAUGGAGCUGUAAAUGACAGUAAAUGUGGAUUGAUCUUUAGAGUUGGUGUCGUUGUCGCUUAUAAAGCCCCGGUGAAUGACAUUUCAUCUCCAGCGCUGUGCACUGCAGCUGGAUCAGCGCUGUCUCCAGGUGUAGAUUUGACUGCAGCGAUGGCAUUUAAAAAGACGUAUGUAAGCGUGGGAUACGCGUGUGUUGGGAUGUUGGUGGGAUUUUCGGCGUUUCUAGUUUGGAACAUCGCAUACAAACAGCCGUGGACAGCAGCGAUGGGUGGAUUAUCAGGGGUUCUGGCACUAUGGGCCUUAAUCACACACAUAAUGUACAUUCAGGACUACUGGAGAACAUGGUUAAAAGGAUUGAAGUUCUUCCUGGCCAUAGGUGUCAUCUUUUCAGUGGUAUCAAUCAUAGCGUUCAUCUGCUUUCUUUGUGUUGGCAUCUCACGGAAAGAAUCUAUUACAGAUCCUACCAGUCUAUACCUGGCAUGCGUAUGGAGUUUCAUGAGUUUAAAGUGGGCGUCCCUACUGACCCUCUAUUCUCAUCGAUAUCGCAAAGAAUUCGCCGACAUCGCCAUCCUCAGUGACUUUUAAAUAUACACUUACAAUAACACAAUCAUGCCCACAGACAAGCAACCAUACAAACGUGAAACACUUCUCGCUAUGACCAGUUAAAAUGAACCAGGAGCUUUUUAUGUUAUUAGGGCCUUUCACAUUUUAACGAUAACUAUAAAAAUAUAGUUUUAAAAAUAGUUUUAUAUUAAACAGAAUAGCGGAAUUCACUCCACAACCACAACGAUACAAUGAGCGAUAUCGAUGCGAUCACUUUCUGAGCGAUACACGCGCGCGUCUGAUGAACGCUAAACCAUUGACAGCCAAUCAAAUCCAUUUGAACUUCUAGUGCACGCGCACUUCAAAUGACAGUGGAAAAGCUCAAUGCGGAGGUCUAUAACAUAAAAUUACCUCAGGUGUCCAGCGCUGAUGCAGUUGCUGUGAAAUUGACUACGUAGUGCUUUUUAUUCGACUACAUUAACUAACGUUACGCCAAAAGGUAAGAGAUUACACAAACUAUUAGAUUACUGUUUAAAGUUAAGCGAAACGCAGCGUGUUGAGGACAUCUGCUGGUUACCCGCUGUGGAAAUGUAACAGGAACAGUAUAUGCCGUGCGCGUGAGCGUUAUCGUUCGGUUAUGUGGAUGCUAAUAAUUAUCGUUAUAGUUAUUGUUAUAAUGUGAACGGCCCUUUAGUCUAUAAAGAAAUGCCAUUAGUGUAUUACUUCUCUUCCUUCUCUUGUCUGUGGGAAUGUCAGGUGUUUAAAGUGCAUUGUGGGUAAUGCGGUACAUAUCAGAGAGGCUGUGUACCUAAAGAUGUCAUCAGUGAUGUUUUAUACAAUGUUUUAAACUCGAGCAUAUGAUCAAAAUUACUUUUACCUUGUAUGUUUGUACUUGGCAUUUCUGAAUGAGGUAUUGAGAAGAACUUUCUGUCUUUAUCUUUGUUGCUGCUGUCGUUGUCGUCGUCGUCUUGAAUGUUUUCUCGCAGUUUUACAAUGGGAUUUUUUAUCAUGUCUAGCCUGGUGAGUGUCAAGUACUUCAGGUGUCAAUAAACAAACCAUUUUCUUGUUACCAUUACUACAAGUUACAGAUUAUGUAAUGAUGAUGGCAUUUAGGUGGGUGGUUAUUGAUCUUUGUUUAAGCACUUUAUUGUCUGUAUAUUUUUAUAAUGGUUUGUUCGUAAGAAAUGGUUCAACCAAUCACAGCCUGGUGACGAGACGCAUCAUUGUUUUUUGAAUGUUCAAUCUAUUUCUUGUUUUUCUUUUGUUUAUCAUGUUUUAUAACCCCAAAGCAUUGUAGUAGGAGAAACAUGGGGCACUUUGAACUAAAUGAUUGAUCAAAACCAAAUAAUUAGCAUAUUUUUGUAGCAUUUUUACAGUUUGUUGGUAGUUUCCCAAUUUAUAACCUUUUGAUGUCAGUGUGUUAAUUCUGUCAAAUGUCUGACACUUCAAUAUCAUCUGUCCACAUUAUAUGUCACUUAUAUCACAGGGUCGAUUAUGAUUUAGUAUGGAUUUACCUAAACAAGACUGCAUGCAUUUGACUUGUUAUAAUAUGUUGAUGUUUCUUUUUAUAUUUACACAGAUUGAUAUACAUAUGUGAUUUAAGCCGUUGCCUAAACAUUUCCGGCAUUUUGUAGUCAACCGUUUACCAUAUUAAUAUAAACUCAAUAAAGGUGUGUAUGUAGGCUACAGUAUGUAUGACUGGAGAGCCCAUUAAUAAAACAACUUACUAGAGAAGUCCA